AUGACGGACCCUCCCAUGCCUCCUCUGCAUGGCAAGAGUGGACCGCAAGGUGAGGAAACUGGUCUUAGUAUAGUUAGAGAGGCUCUAGACUUGUCGCAGCUGCUGACAGGUGCUUCGAGGCACUCAACAAUACCCCCAAACGAAGCAAACGAAAACGAAGAACAAGUGGUCCCGCAAGAGUCUCAAACUGAGCAAACCCAAGAUACCGCAGCAACCACCACUACCAGGAAGAAGAAGCGACAGAGCUUUGCAUUCUCUGGCAGACACUUCAAGUGUAGCAGUGAACUGUUCCUGAAUCCGGAGCAUGAGGCCUCCUUCUUGGGAAAGUAUCCACAGAAUGACCUGGAGAUUGUAGGAAAGGUGACGCAAUGCCCCACCAGCAAGAACGGAAAGCGAUAUGGCUUCAAAUGGAUUACAGCUGGCACUGAUGUAGACAUUCGAUGGACGAAGAACUAUGAGGACAAUUCGGCAGAGUUCAGAACAAAGCUGAAAGAACUCAUAUUGGCCUAUGAGGAGGAGCAGAAAGGAUUGGUAGUUGAUCAAGAAAGCACUCCCGCGGACAGCCAAGGGACCGUGGGAACUUCAACAGAAAGGGCAUCAACAGGCAGUAACACCAGGACACCAGCACCAAAGAAAUCCAGUAAGGAGCAACCAACAUCGCAUGAAAGGGCACAAGCAUAUGCAAGUUUAAAAACUGCAUGUUCGUCUGGUAGCGGGACCAGCUCGCGACACAAGGAAACAAACAGACGAGUGACAAGAGGAGAUGAUGUUGAUGGGUAUGACUCUGACUCUGAUGAUGGAGACGAUCUCAAUGAAUAUGAUGAUGCCUUCGAUACCGCAAGGAUGGCUGAAGACUGUGAUAGUGAUGACGAUAUUUACGAAAUCCAAGCUACCGAUGCAACAACAAUCGCCAAAGAUGACACCUACGGCAAGCUGGCACAGAAACUGCAAUGGAAAUUCCAAUCAGUGACUUCUGAGGAUGUGCCUUUUACAGAGAGGAAGAACAUGCGAAAGGGUGACACUAAGCUGAAGCCAGGAGUGGGAGAUCGGUGGAAAGAUCCAUUCGAAUGCUUCCAACGUGCUGGUUGUAGCAGAGGCUUCGUGACAGCACUGACAAGGGAAUCUAACGAUUAUGCGAAGAACAACCUACUGGGCAUCUUGUUGAAGAUAUCUUUGGCUCCCAUGGAUGGUGGCGGCUACCCAGCAUAUUUUCAGAAAGAACCGAUGCAGAUAAGUUUCUGUAACAGCGAAGAGGCCUUGACAAUCGAAGGCAGUGAAGGGUGGGCUUAUCGGCACAUGACACUACAGAGAUUCAAGCAAAUAAGGUCGGCUUUCCAUCCAGAAGAUAAAGACAUGGCCGGUACCAGCGACAAAUGCUACCAGUUGAGGAGAGCAAUCAAUGCCACCAAUAGUGCCUCUAAAUCCACUUUCGAAGCAGGAGCUCAGUGCGCUUUUGAUGAGGGUGGUGUUGCUUGCAGGUCCCGCUUUUGUCCUGUUCGACAGUACAAUAAGGACAAACCCAAUAAGUUCCGCGUGGACUUCUUUAUCCUUGCGUGCUCUUCAACUUACGCCAUAUUCAAUAUCGAUGUCUAUCAGGGCAGGAAUGCAACAAACGUCGGCAUUGAUGAGAGCAUCCAAGACCUUCCUACAACACAGAAAGCGGUUAUGAAUGCAGUGAUGUCAACAUUCGAUGAUGGUGGUGGCGCCAGACACAUUGCAAUGGAUAACCGGUACAUGUGCCCCGAGUUGGCUGUUCUGUUGCUCACCAAAUGUGGUUGUUACAGUACGGGCACUUGUCGCCGUAGAAGAAAGGGUUUUCCAGACCAUCUGUUGGACUUGGAUAAGAAAAAUGGUCGUGGUGCUUAUAAGGUAGUCGCCGACAGAGUCAAUCGCGUAAUUAUGACGCAGUGGGUUGACAACAAGGUAGUUACAAUGGUCAGCACCAGGAGCGAUACUACCAUCGGCACAGUGAAGAGACAGAUUGGUCCAUUGGCGAGGCAGCUGGACUGUCCGGCUGUAAUGAUUGGCUACCAGAAAACAAUGUUUGGUGUGGACAAAGGAGACGAAAUGCGGGCUCACUUUGGUGGCUUCUCCACAAAAGCCCACUUCAAGAAGUGGUAUAAGCGAGUGUUCCUUGCCAUCCUUGACGUGAUGUUGAUGAAUGCACACAUUGCCUGGAACUUGUCUGCGCAGGAAAGAGCUUCUCGAAACAGGAACCAGCUGAAAAGGCACGAAUUUAUGCUUUUCGUGGCAGAGUCUUUGUUGGAAUACACCGAGCCCGAAGUCACAACAAAGCAUCACACCCAAGAGGAGGAGGAUAUCAUGAAGGAUCACCUUCCUCUCCAAACCAAGAUGAAGAGUAAUGCAAGGCAGCGAUGCCUUGUUUGUCGCUUAGAGAAUGGUGAAUGGUUUGAUCCGAAAUUGGGAGCGACAGGAAUCAGGACUGGGCUUGCUGUUUGCUCCGUUUGUGGAAUUUAUGCACACAAUCACAUUGUCACAGACUCUGAUAGGAAGAUUCACCAUCUCCAGCAAUUCCAGGAGAAAACGUGCUUCCAGAUUGCGCAUCAUCCUGAUGGUGUUGCUCUGUGGAAAUUUCGAGAUCCCAAACACUGCAAGGGGGCACGAUCGAUCUGUAGGAAUGCCCCAAUCUGGAAGACACUUCGAACGCUUUACGGUAAACCAGACAAAGAGAUUCGAAAGCGUAAGAGACAGGACACUGCUAAAGGAGGGAAGAAAUCCAGCGAGGAAACGAGCGAUGACAGUGAGAAAAACAAUGCUGGUGAUGGUGGUGUCUACAUGGAUAGCAGCGAGAAUGAGCUGUAUGAUUAG